AUGUACUCCCGAUACAACAGGAGAGGACAUCUUGAAAAUGUUGUUGACAGUCAGCACUUGAAGCUGGAUGAUUUGAAAGAGGAAGCUCUGAAACUAAGGUUGGCAAACCAGUACCUUUACAAAGAAAACAUCCCGGCUUCCCCUCGACCAGAGUUUCAUGUGUCUAAUCUGAAACACGACACAAACCAAACUGGACUAAGAGGCAUCAAGACUGAUGAAGGCUUCAGGAACCCAGGUGAAGGCUCUCUGCUGUGGUGGAGUCUGGCUGUGGGACCUGAUGAGAUAGCGUCAGCUGAGAGGAGGCUCCUGGAGACGACCUUCCCGGACCGGACGGAGGAGCAGGUCCAGAAGCAGCAGAGCUUCCUGGAGAAGUUUACCACCUCCCCGGCCUUCGAGCAGACCUCCAGGCUGGGCUCGUACCGCUUCACCUUCCCCCUGGAGAAGGUGCUGAAGGCCUACAGACAGCAGUUUUGCAGCGGCGCUCAGCCCGUCAUGCGGGUGUACGAGACCGUCCUGUACAAACAGGAAGUGAUGUACGUUGUGCUGGUCCACAGCCCAGCCAAUCAGGAUCGGUUCUCUAAAUAUCCUUUGCUGACUGACGACCCAAACUCUGUCUGCACCUACAGAGACGGCUGCUUCAUCUGGAGGCCUGAGGCCAUGAGUGAGACACACAGUCAUGAACUGGUCGUGAGACGUGAUGAGAUGCAGAUGGGCGCGGUGCCAGUGACAUAUUUCCCUGAGUUUUAUGUUUGGGAUAAUGUUGCCGUCGCCCUGCAUGUGGAAGAACAGGUAACUUCCCUGAUCAUUCUUCUUCUCACCCUUUACUGACAGGCUGGAUUUUUCUGUCCAUAUUCUAAAGGUAACGGGUAGGGACGUCCUAAAUGGUCUGCAGGUUCUGGUUUCUGACUCAAGACACAUUUCAGUGCUCAGGUUGCUUCUGUUCUCAAGUGUUGCUGUGAGGUGAAAACUACAU